UAUAGCUCCCGAGUCUCUUCUCUCCUCUUCACAAUUACGAAGAGGAGAGAAGAGACUCGGGAGCUAUAUUAUGGCUGGAUACAAGGCUACCUGUUGCUAUGUGGAGAAAGCAUUUUUGAAACAAAUCUUAAUUCAUUUUAAGGAAAUAGCAUUUGUUGCUAUGAUGCAAUCAACUUCAUGCACAGUGACUGAACAACAUGAGGCUAUGACCUACGUGGGCUGUUAGUUGAGCACGUAAAACUGCCCAUAAAACAAAGUCAAUCAGCCAACCCUCUAAAUUAUUUGGUACUGUAUCUCUCAAAUUAUCUUCAUGUGGUGACGUCAGCUAGUAAGUGCGUACAUCAGCAGUCCUGAUCUGGAUUGCACACUGUCUUUACAGUUACAUUGUACUUAUUCUGACUUACCCAGUUCCACCAAUACAAAAUACAGGUUCCUCCAGGCAAUUCCAAAUGACAAGAUCUAGAGUGACCACUAACAAUGGAACAACACAAUCACUAGCACAUUGUAUUACAAGACAAGAAAUGUUUCCGUGAACAGUUCAUAUGAAAUACAAUAAUGGCUGCAGUCUCAUCACCAAUCACAGAUAACUUAAUAAUCGCAAAGGAUAUAUUGGCCAGCACAAGGCUACUUGCUUCAAAUGCAGUAUAAUAUAUAUAUAUGGAUUAACCAAAUUACUGAAAUAUCGUGUACAGUGUACAUUUUAUGCUCAGCCUGGUAUUAAACAAUCAAUACUUGAUGACCAUGAUUAAACCAUGAGAUGCACGUCAAUUGGUGAGAAAAAUGCAAGCAAACACGUCAUCAUACCGGUGUAUACUAACACAUCAGGUGAGCGGCACACACUGACUGAGCUGACUGUAUCAAGAUUCAUCCAAAAAGCCACGUUUCAACACACAAUCAUGGCAGAGGCUGCAGAAACAUCACAGGAAAUACAGGUAGUGCCAGAAGAGCCAUCUGCAGAAAAGCCAACAGACAAUCCACAGGAAACAUCCCAGGAGACGCAGCAGCAGCCAAAGGCCUCAGGAGGAGCCAGUGGUGGACUAUUUGACCUGAUAAAGAUGCUCAAAGGCUCGGAGGGCAAGUCCAAGACCAAAGAAGCAAACGGAGAACCUGACAAGUACUCAAAGAAGAUGCUUGAAAAGAGUCGGGCAAAGAAGAAGAAGCAAGAGAAAGCAGCUGCAGAGGCUGCAGCAGGAAAGAUUGACCAUGGAGGUUGGGAGAGCAUCUUGCGAUGAGGCCCAGCUGGGCAGGACUGUUAGGUUUUUCGCCUGUCGCCAUGAAGUCUUACAAUAAUAUACGUACGAUUCCCUCUUACGAGUCAUUUUGGUAGACCUGCUCAAAUCAACAUUGUGUUAACUUUAUGAUUUGCACCAGCAUAUCUGGUUUCUGGUAGGCUGAAGGAUUGCAAAAUUGCACAUAAAUUCAAGAUACAUUGUAUGUUGUAAGACACAUAUCAUAUCAGAGAGACAAUAUUAUAUGCUAGAACCAGUUUGAUUCAACAUUUCCGCAGUGUUCAUAUCUCUGUAACAAAAUUAUUUUCUGUCCUCUCCGUUACAGCUACAAAAUAUUUUCAAUCGAGUACUGUAUGCAUGGCCAGCAUUGUUCUCAUUUUAUCUUAGCUUUUAUGACUGGAGCUGUGUAAUGUGGCUGGCACACAUGCAUCGUAAAAAGAACACCAAUGAAUGAAACUAGUAUAUUGUUUUGUACAUUGCAUUAGUUUUUAAAGGACAUCUUGUAUGAUAAUGAACAUUGAGUCUAACAUAGCCUACUAAAUUUCUUUUGUUGAGGGCUACUCAUUCUUCCACACAGUUGUUCUGUGGCCUUAAAUAUACCUGCAUGGGAGAAUGAGGGCUUACUGUACAUGUGAUAUUGUCAGGCACUGAUGUCACAUCCGUUCUUUAAUUUUGCAUGUUAACAUAUGAUAUACUAGUAGUAAAAAUGUAUCGCAUUAAUGGAUCUUGAGUCAUUUGAUAGACAGAAAUGAAAAGGCUCAGGUGUGAACUGCCCCGUUACCAUACAAUUGAGAGCUCAGUGCUGUCUCUACAGUGCUGGGAGUGUAACGUUAACCUGCCUGUCCAGUUCAUUAGGGUAGGCAGGGGGAUUUUUAUGGGGUUGGAUUAGGUAAACUCAAAAGUCCGACUGAAAAGAGAGGCUGACCAUGUUAAGGUGUAAACUGUAAAGGAUGAAUUGGAAACCAAAAUUGUAUUCAAGAUGUGAAACAAUGCAAUUUGAAACGCCCCUCACACACAUACAUGUAUCAUAUGGUCCUAUAAAAAAACCUUGUAAGGCAAAAUCAAAGAGAAGCUAAGCUUAAGCUUUUAUUCCCAACUGUAAAUUUCCACAAUCCUCAAAUUCUUAAUGUAUGGGCCAUAUAUAGCUUGAUUGACAUAUUUUACGACAAGCCAUGAUAUGAGUCAAGUUACAUGUACAUGUAAAAGCAGGUUUGGGCUACAUUAAGGCACUUGUUGAUUAAGUCCCCUCUUUAAGUCCUAGACAUCCUUAAUUCUAACACAAUUGCUUCAUCCCCACAUUUUGCAACACAGCUGUAUAAGAGUUAUUUAACAAAUUGGAUAUUCUUGGAGAUGUGAACUUGGAGGUGCUCAAGGUCUGAUAAUGAGAGAGAUGAGUGGAAAGCUUUGAAUGUGAUUUUGCUUUCAACUGUUAUGCAAAAUAAAAGAAAUAAAAGGAAAAUUGAGAAAGAAUUUGCCUCUUCAGUGUGACAGACAGAAAAUAUGACAAGCUGUGCUGUUUUUUAAAACAUUUUGUCCAUGCUUUCAGCUGAGCUAUCAGCAUAUUAUUAAAGUUGGUCCAAUAGAGAUCUUUCUUGUGGUCUAAUAUUGACAACAUUGCCAUUUUGAGGUAAUACAUUGUAUAUCCAAAAUGUAUAUCCUUUAUGUGUUAAAAGAAAUAUCUGACAAAUUUGUAGAAUUUUAUUGCUAAAUAAAUGUAAUAUUCUGAUCUGAUAUUUCAACAAAAUUUACAGAAAAUUCACUGUAACUAUCAUCAUAAGGUUCAACUUUCAGAGCAUUGCCAAACUCAAUAACAAAAACAGAAUAGAAAGCAGCAUAAUAAACUACCUCAUAGAUGACUUAUUCUUGUACACAAGAAUCACUUUAAAGAAAGUAUUCUUGAUAUCAAGGACAUUAUACAAUGUCUAUGAUAUUAUAUAAUGUACUAUCUGUAUCUGUAUCUAUAUGGCCGGUAUAACCGUUGUUCGGCGUAACACACCAGCUUUGUAGAUACGCAGCUGGUUAUAUUACACUGAACGAUUAAGUCUUGCAUAUGCAGAACAUGAAAUUUUAAUAAUCUGUUCAUCUUAACAAAAGAAGGCAUUGAUCAA